AUACCAGACGUGCCGUGGUUGCCAGACCAAAUCCAAAAUUAUUGCUAGCGUACGCUUUGAGAAAAAAUAUCCGUUUAGUCUUCUCUGUCGAGAAAAAACAAAGGCAAAACUGUUUAUAACAAUUGCUGAAUUGUACAACAAUCAGUUGUUCCGUGAAACAAAGACUAUAUUUGCAAUCGGUCGCGCCAACAUAAUCAUAAAAGGCUGGAAUCUGGCCCUAGACUCUCCUUAAUGGUGAAAACAGCCUAGCUCCAACCCAUCCCACCGGUCUUCCACGAGCACUAUUAAGAUGAGCUUGCACACACGUGCGUUAGUCUUCUCCACCUUCUUCGGAAGCUGCCUGGCCAUCGGCCUCUUGCUCGUCAGCAUGACCACUAACCACUGGGUGCGGGCCACUCCACGCCGCAAGAACUCGGCGGACGCCAAGGGCGAAUUCAACUUCGGACUCUUUUUCGGCAGCUACCACCUGAAUCCUGGUUUUGGAGUCCGCACAAAUUCUGUUAAUGUAUACAAUUUUGUUCGGACAGAAAAUGGCGACACCAGCUUCUGGCUCUGGCUACUGACCACCUUAGGCACCGGCUUCGGACUUCUGGCCUGCGCUGUGGCCGCAAUCGCCGCUGUUCUUAAGUCAGCCUCUGCCGCCAAAAGAGGAGGCGCAAUGAUGCUGCUCCUGACUUCCAAUAUUUUCGCUGCGGGGGCGCAAAUUGUGGCGUUUGUGGCUUGGCUGGUGCAGUUCUACCAAUACUUCAUGUACAACGUUCUUUUAACCGAGCACCAGCAGCAGCACUGGUACAGCAAUGGACUGGCAUAUCUGGGUUACAGCUUCUACCUGGUCUUGGUAUCCACCGUUGUGGUGCUGCUGAAUAUCGCAAUCCUGAUGUACGCCCAGCGACGCGACCACCACGACCGCCAAUGCCUGGAGGCACCAAGUGACGAUAAAAACAAGGCCGCCAUAAUGCUGUACUAAGGGAGACGAGAAUAAUUCCAAAAUGAACCUCUACAAAUCUGCUUGGCAAACGUACGAGCAGCGACACCUAGUAAUCUCAGUGGCUCAAAUACUUGUGCCUUACUUAAUGAUGGGUUUACCUUGCCAACUGAAAUGGUCGCCUAUAUACUCAUUUCAAUUUAUGGUGUAUUCGGUUAAAUAAGCGUACAAUGACAUCGUCUGGUCUGCUGAUCUUUCGGAAUAAGAGAACCUGAAGCGAACAGCACUGCCAACACCUUCUCAUAUUUAUAUACCUUUUACAUAUGUACAUCAAUAUACUCGAAUGUAAUUUUUCUAUACAUGUAUUUACUGCCAUCGGCAGCCACGUAUUUUUAAGUGCAUAUUUACAAAUAAAGCAACAGUCAUUCUUAAAAAAUAGAAA